AUGAAUCUUGACGACUUCAAGUCGGAGUCUUGUCUAUCGCCGUUCUCUUACUUCUUUCUAUUCGUCUUUCUGCUAGUAUCGUUUGCUGUUUAUGCGGUCGACACCUUCACUGCUGUAACCCUUCUAGCCUUCUCCCGCUGGGCAGGACAGAUUGAGCCCGCUAUUCCCUUCAAAUAUUCGCGAUGGAUCUUCGCCGUCUGCAUUCUCGUCUCCUUUGCACUGUUGGCCUGGAGAUGGCUUCAUGCUAUCCGCGCGAUACGUUCUGGGAGCGUUGCGCAAUGUUACUUGAACUCCCUUGCUGCGCGAGUCCAGAGUAUUCGCAUUGGACAUCAUGGUCGCGGCUGGAGGAGAUUUUUGGUUUUUGGAGAGCUCACAAAAAAUAGAAAGGGAGCUGAAUACGUCGCUCUUUUUACGUACUUUUCCUUUGAGAGCUGGAUGAAUACAGUGCUUGCGGACGGGCCGCGUCAGGUUGUCAACGCAAUCACACUCUAUUCGGUGAUGAGGAUGGACCUGAUUCCUGGAGGAAAAAAUACCGUCGAGGAAGACAAGGCUGGAAUCUUACAGUUCUUCGACAACGUCAAAAUUCUUGCCGAAGAGAACAAUCUUCGAGCCCUCGUCUUAGCUGGUAUGCUGUUUACAGUCGUCAUUUGGGUCCUGUCUAUCAUCAAGCUGCUCAUCGCGAUCGUUCUCUAUCUGCUUUUCCUCUUUCACCACAUUCCCACCGAAGACGGGACACUGAAGGCUUAUUGCCGCCGAAAGAUCAAUACCCGACUCAAGCGCAUUGUUCGGACCAAAGUCAACAAGGCAUUGGCAAAGGGCGUUGCGUUGCAAGAACGCUCUCCGACGAAUCCAAAUCUUGGCCCUGGUCGGAAGCCAACGUUACCGGUGCUCGGUGAGGAAGAUAUUGGCUCUGUGCGGAAACCCACGUUACCGGUAUUCGGGCAAGAGGACAAGACGCCCAUGGUCUCAACUCUUUCACGCACUACUACGCAGACAACUAUGUCUACUAUCCCCCCAUAUUCGUCCCGUCCAGGAACGGCCACACCGCAACAGCGUGAGCCUACGCUUCCCAACGUAGCCACUUUCCCUGAGAAACCGAAUCUCAGUCGCACCGUGACGCAAUCAUCAGCCUAUUCUGAUCCUGAUCCUGCCCCGCUUUCUGCAGUCUCUGCGGUGUCGGCAUACAGUCCACUGGAUCGUCAAGCGUCUCCGGCUCCUCCAGUCCCGCCUCUUCCUGAUAACGCCUCUAUCGCCACCGAGCGAUUUCAGACCCCUGUUUCUCGUUCUAACUUCACUCCUGCGCCUUAUAGUAAUCGUGCACCGCCUGGUCGCGCAAACCCACGGGAAGGGCAGGAUCCGUAUAGGCCUGAGGGGUACGGUACUCCGCCUUCCGCCGGUUCAUUCUGUCCCUAUGGCGCUCCUACUGAUCCCUACUCGCGCACUAUAACACCGACCUCCGCUGUCAGCGCUGGUGACAGUUCAAUGCGAGCAUACACUCCUUCCAACGCCUACAACUCCCGCCCUUUCCCGCAAUCUGUCCACCCGCCGCGAUCUUAUACUCCGGGAACCCAAACCAUCAAUCGAGCUCCGCCGGCAUACUCAAAUGACGAACAGCCUCCUAGAAACUUUACCCCCAUGAGCUCGCGGGGUCCUCCCAGAACACAGGGUGGAUAUACGCCUUUCAAUGCUUCGGCAAGAUCCGAAGCAGAUUAUGAAUACGCAAGCGAGUACGGCUCGGCUCCCGGCCAGGUUUAUGCUUCGCCAUCAUACAACCCCCAACCAUCUCGUCACCCAAACUAUUACUAG